AGCUGAUUUCCUAACCUCCAAUUUUAAAAUGUCACAUUGCAUUCAAUAGCAUUAUAUUUUCUUUAACGAAGCGUAAUAGUUUUAAAUAUUUUAUUCUUGCUUAAUAUAAAGGCUUAUAUGUGUCAAAUGACAAUUGUUUCGUUGGAAUUUCUUCGAAGAAUUUAAUCUAACCUAAAUGUUAAAGUUUGACAAUUGAUGCGAGACUGAAGGAAGUCAUGUCGAGAGAUAGUUAUAUCAAUAUUCGACAAAACGGAAAAAUACCUUUUGUAUUAGCUGAAAAUUUUUGAACGAGACAAUAUGCAAAUGAUAUGUAGAUUAUGUCUUCAACUAGAACGCGAUAUAACUCCCUUGUUCUGCGACAACGUCAACGACGACGAAUGCCGAAAAUUAAGGUUACAAAUCACGGAUUUGUGUUCCAUCGUCAUAUUACAAUAUGAUGAUUUACCUAAGGUCAUAUGCUGGAAAUGCAAAGUCAGGUUGCACGACGCUUAUGAAUUUAUAAAUCUUUGUAAAAAUUCCAACAAUAAAUUACAUGAAUAUAAUGAAAAGAAUAAACAUUGCCAGAUCCUGGAGGUAACAUCACUGAAAGAAAAAGGACAGAAGUCAAAAGGGAGAGAGCAUAAAUUCACAGGCAGAUCUUUAAGAUCCAGAAGAAAAUCUUUAAGAGCACAUUCAGAAAUUGUUACAAGCUCAGAAAUAUAUAACACUGCAUCAUUCCAAAAUAUACUUGAUGUAGACACAGCAAAGUUAGAGUCUGAUGAUAGGAGUGAUGACUAUAAGAUUCAGGAAACAUCUUUGAAUGAACGUGUUACACCUGAUACAAAUGCUCGUUGUGAUGAACUGCCAGGUGACAGCGAGAAGCGAGAAGUAACAUCACUGAAAGAAAAAGGACAGAAGCUAAAAAGGAGAGAGCAUAAACUCACAGACAGAUCAAGAUCCAAAAGAAAAUGUUUAAGAGCACGUUCAAAAAUUAUUACAAGCUCAGAAACAUAUAACACUGCAUCAUCCCAGAAUAGACUUGAUGUAGAGACAGCAAAGUCAGAGUCUGACGAUAGAAGCGAUCUUGAUUCUAAGAUCCAGGAAACAUCUUUGAAUGAACGUGUUACACCCGAUACAAAUGGUCGUUGUGAUAAACUGUCAGGUGACAGCGAGAAGCGGUAUCUCUGUCAUAUCUGCAGUAAAACCUUCGCCUCGAUGACCGGAUUACAGUUACACCUUAAGUCGCAUUCAGCAGACGGCCUCAAGCCAUACGCUUGUCAAUACUGUGGCAAAAGCUUCGCUAUUCCGAGUUAUAAGAAGAGGCACGAGAUGAUCCAUACUGGUGACAAGCGUUUCAUCUGUCAAUUCUGCAGCACCGCCUUCGCGUCCUCGAACGGGCUGAAGUAUCAUGUACAAACUCACACUGGCGAUGCAAAUUAUCAUUGCGACACUUGCGGCAAGUCCUUUAUCCGGUACAAGUACCUGAAAGACCACAUCUUCACGCACACUGGAGAAAAGCCUUAUGUCUGCAAAUUGUGUGGUACCGCUUAUGGCAACUCUGGCAGCUUAUUUGUGCACGAGAAGAAAUGCAAAUCGCGACACGAUUCCUAAAGAGACGCCCUCAAAACAAUAUUAACAUUGUAAUAUUCUAUUGAUAUAAUUCUUUAGUUUUAUAAGCAAUAUAAAAUAAAAAAAAUUUGAUGUACAAAAUUGAUGUAUAAGAUAUAUCUAAAAUUAACAUAUAAAAGUAUUAUAAAACGAAUUUAAAAUUAUACAAUUUUUAAUCUAAUACAAUCUCUUUCUUAUGUAAUGCUAAAAAAACUCUUGGUUGCACAAUGAGCUAUUACUUCAAGUAGUAUGUAUUCGGCACAUAAUAAUACGUCUGUACGCGAAUAUAAAGCCCGAAUUCUGCGUAUAAAAACGCAAAAAUGAAGGGAUAUAAUAGCUUAUUAUUAGACUUAAAAAGGUUCCGCCUCCAACAGCUGACGUUCCUCUUCAAUGGCGUAACGUCAGACAGGUAAAAUAUGUAAAAUAAUAGCA